AUCCUCAGCGAUAUAUGUUAGUAAGUGUAAUCAAGAAUGGGCUAGAUUGAAGUUGAAUUGAAAUACCGUACUUAGAUUUGUUGGUUAUAUUCUUCCUGGUAAAAAGUGUUAAAAUUUAAGAUGUGAUAUUUUAUAAAGUUUCGACAUAAUUAUGGCGGCAUGUGCAUUGCCACUAUCAAAUCGGAGUGGUAGUCAUCAGUUAACCAAGACUUUAGAAAGAGUUCUUGAAGAUGCACAGUUAACUGGAGAAUUGAAACUUUGUGGAAGAAAACUGAAAGACUUUCCAAAAAAUGCCCAAAAGUAUGAUCUCAGUGAUACUGUUUUAGCAGAUUUAUCAAAGAAUAGGUUUGGAGAACUCCCAUCUGAAGUAUGUGAAUUCUUUCUGUUAGAAAGGUUGGACUGCUAUCAUAAUGUGAUUCGAUCUCUUCCUGACUCAGUGAUCACCUUGCAUUCAUUAACAUAUUUAAAUCUCAGUCGCAAUCAUCUUUCAACCAUUCCGCCAGCUCUUUGCCAGCUUCCAUUAGAGGUUUUAGAUGUUAGCAAUAACAAACUGGUAUCUCUUCCUGAGGAGAUAGGUCACAUGCAGUGUUUAAUGGACUUGGACGUGAGCUGCAAUGAAAUAACUAUCCUUCCACCUCAAAUAGGAGACCUACAGUCAUUAAAGUCAUUUAAUAUAAGAAGAAAUCUUCUUGUUGAACUGCCACCUGAAUUUUGUGAACUUCAUCUAGUCAAGUUAGAUAUUUCUGGAAAUAGAAUAACUUCAAUACCCACUUCACUUCGUCAGAUGAAAACGCUACAGGAACUUGCGUUAGAGCACAAUCCUUUAACUUCUCCACCAUCAUUUCUGUGUGCAAGAGGAAGAAUACACAUAUUUAAGUUCCUAGAAAUGUUGUUCAUCCGAGAAGAUAAAAAGCAAGGAUUAUUACUAGAUUCUGAAUUCAACCAUCCUUGCCGGAAGCCAACCCUUUUAAAUGACUUUCGCUAUCAGAAUGGCUUAACAGACAGUAGGCUGAAGAGAUACACAGUUGAUUCAGGGUACAACACCUCAGAUGGAGGGGACAGGAGGUGGUCUCAAGAAUUGCAAGAUUUGAACAGUGAUGCAGAAGAGGCACGUAAGCUAGCUCUACGAGCUGCUGAAUUCACCAAAGAACAAAGACAAGAAAGAGAACGAGACUUACAGCAACGCUUCUCCAAAAAUGAAGAUCCACUUUCUGGCAAUGGAAGUACAAGUUUUUCCUCUACAUUGUCUGGACUUAGUAGUCUAAGUACUCCAAGUACACUGAGUCCAGGCUCUGAAUUCAACUUUGAAGAAGAAAUAAACAUAGCUCUUCAGGAGAAAUAUUUGAAAUCAAAUCAGGAAGAAGAAAAAGACAGAGAAGAAAGGAGGAAGGUGGCACAGAAGUUGUUAGAUCUACAGAGAGAAGAUAUUAAAAGAACACAUGAUUUAAAUGCUGAGAUUCCUAUGUUGGGUGCUGGGGAUGCUCCUGUAUUAGAAGAAGUGCAAGAGCUGUUGCAAGUUGAGAGACAGAAGCCUUAUUCAAACAUGCAGGUGUAUAAAGAGUACAAAAAUGCCAUUAGGUUUCAGCAGUUUAGUGACAAGAAUUUAUACAGAAGUUCAGUUUUAAGUCACACAAACAGCUGUAAUGGUAACUCCCCACCUGAAACUAAGUCAGAGAUGAUGCUUAAUUACCACUGUUUUGUUACUGAAACACCCAAGUCCAUCCAGUUAAGUCCAGAAAAGGAAUUUAGGGCAAAACACGAGGCAUUAAUGAACCAACAAAGAUAUGAAGCAAUAUUAGCUCAACAGCAUUUAGAAGAAGAAAGGAACAAACGUAAACAAAUACAAAAGCAAGCUGUGAUGUCUUAUGUAAAGCAACGCACGAGCCCUGUGGCAGAUGCUUCUGAUGUAUUUGAAGUAGAUGUUAAUUUAUCUUUACCCUGUACACCAACAAAGCUAGGGUUUAAUGGAACAGUUCUGCCUUCUUGGCCCCAAUCUGGUUUUAAAACACCCCCAGAUCAACCAAUUCAAGCCAUUAACCCUAAUUUUACCUAUAGAAGAGAAUUGGAAAAAGCAAGAGAAGAGCAGGAACUAAUUGAAAAAUUAAGAAGAAUUAUAGAGACCAGGCUGAAAGUGACAUUACCCGAUGAUCUUGGAUCUGCUUUAAUGGAUGGGGUAGUACUGUGCCACUUAGCCAACCAAGUGCGACCCCGUUCUGUUGGUAGCAUACACGUGCCUUCUCCUGCUGUGCCUACACUGUCAAUGGCAAAGUGUAGAAGAAAUGUAGAAAAUUUUUUAGAAGCCUGUUACAAGAGUGGUGUACCUCAGUUAUAUGUGUCCUGUAUCCUGAAACCACAAAGAGCUUAUAUGUUCUCCUCAGGACGUGUUAGAAGAGCGAAGUUUAGCAGCACUAGCCAUUACGGUAGAGGAGUUACUCAAGCAAUCUUUUGGCACAAAGUUUUGAGUUACACAAGUUUCUUUUAGUGCCAUUAGUGCUCUUCGACUUGCACUGGUUGUUACUGCCCACUAGGAACUGAUUAAUCAAUCAGAAAAUUUUAUUAAAAAGCUAGUCCUCUCCUUAAUUUCCAGUAUUUUGUACUAAACUGGCAAAUAAUUCAUCUUUCCAUUUUUUAUAAUUGUUUAAAGAUUUAUUCACGAUCAUUUUUAUUUUUGAAUCAUGUAUGAGCAGCCACAAAGAAUAAUUAUUCAUUUAAACAUUGUAAUUUUUUCAUGAGCCAUUAUAUGAAGGAGGAUACCCAAGAUGUGUUGUUUUUGACCAAUUCUUGAGAUUAAACAACAUAUUUUAUGUCAUUUCCCAGGAUCAUCAGUGAUGUGAUUGUUUUAGUAAAAUACAAAUAUAUGGGACAGCAAUUUUAGGGUUAAACUGGAUUAUUCAAAAGAAAUAUUCCUUAUAGAUUUUCUUUGUUUAAAACAAAACUGAAUAACUUUAUUAUGCCUAGAUUUAAUUUCAAAGCAUUGGAAAAAUGAAGUACUAUUACAUUUAUUGUAUCAAAAACAAAAUGAUUUGGCAGUAUAUGAUUAUGUAUUUAUGUAGAAAAAAUUGCUUAAUUAUAGUUCUAUCAUUAGACCAAGAAAUUCACGUUUUGGGAUAGAAAUAUAGUUACAUUUUUUUCUUUCUUUUUUUACAUUUAAUACAUUAACUUUCUUUGGCAAAGUGGCAUUUUUAGUAUAAAAUACAGUAUAUAUAUAUUUUACAAGAUAUAUAUUAAUGUUUUUAUAAUAGUGAUUUUCUGAGGUAUUAGAAGCUAAAUUAUGAAAAUAUGUACUUUAGAAUGAUGAUCAAUGAAGUUCUACUGGUGAAAAUUUUCAACUUUAAUACAAUAGAAAUAUACCCAGAUUGGACACAAGUUCCUUGUUAUCAACAUCUGUCAAACAUCAACCAAAUUCUCAUUCAUUUUAAGGAAAUUUGCAUCAUCUUGUAGAAAAAAUUAGGUGCCUGACGUGUUAAAUAAGGCAUAAUAGUUGUGAUCUUGUAGAAGCAAUUCAUAAUUAUGAACUUUUUGUAACUUUUUUUCUUGGAAAUUACACUUAGUGUUAAAUAAGGCAUAAUAGUUGUGAUCUUGUAGAAGCAAUUCAUAAUUAUGAACUUUUUGUAACUUUUUUUCUUGGAAAUCACCAGGGUCUUUAACUUAAUUUGUUGCUGUUAUUGUAGAUAUUUGUUUGUUUUUUGCAAAGUAUGUUUAGUGUUAUUCUUACAAUAAUGUUUUGUGUUAAAGACAGAGCUGAAAAGAAAAAUGAAAACCAUCUUUUAUUAUUGUAAUUUACUUAGUAACCAUUGCUCAAACCAGGUCACUGUACAUUUAAUACCAAAAAGCCAUUUUAUUUUAAUUUAAGGUUGUUCUUUUUCUCUCUAGUUUAAGAAAAACGCAUUGAUUUCCAAGUAGUAUCUGUCGUAGUUCUAGUGUGUUUAACCACUGUGUAAUGAACGGCAUUGUGUAGUUAAAACUCUUAUUUUUGUCUUUGGUGUCCAUUUGGUAUAAAAAAAAAACAUAUCAGGGUCUUUCCGGUAACAAAGUGUUCCUUUUCUUUUUUUACUGUUUUCACCAUCUCUCACUGUCAUAACAUAUUGUAACAUAUUCUCCUUUGCUUUCACUAAUGGGUUCUUAGAAUAACUAUAUUUUCUUUUGUAUUACAAUUGUAUGCCAUCGUUACUUGGCUGGAAUUAUUCUAUUUUUGCCUUACUUGUAAUGUUAUCAUAGACAGGUCAGAGAUAGUGAUCAUAUUCUUAUAAAACAGAUUUUUCAGUUCAAUAUCCCCUGGUGAGACCACGGUAAGUCUAGAGAUUUAUGACACUAAAAUUAGGGGUUUGAUUCCCCUUGGUGGACACAGCAGAUAGCUAUAGAAAACACACACAUUCAGUUCAAACAGCUUGAAUACUUACAACUUAAUAGUUGUGGAUUAUUAAAUUCAGGUAGUUUACCUACUUUAUUAAGUGAACUAAAUAGUAACUUUUGUGUAUUUAAGACAAAAAACAUUUGUGAGAAAUGGAAAUAUUAAUUUUGCAGGUAAGAUUAUUUUUGCUUGUAUUAUAGUGAAAUACUUUAAUAUUAAAAUCAGCUUAAUGGUUAGCAACACUAUUUGGACAUCAACUAAACAUCUUUUUAAACUAAAGAUAGUUAAAACAUAUUUUAAAGUAAGGUAAUUGUUUAAAUUGCAAAUGAGGUAUGAUUGUUGUAAGUCAUAUUGAAAUAAUUGUAAUGAAAUAUAAAUCAAAAAUAAAGAUAUAUAUUACUGGUUUAUUUUUGCUAUACUAUCAGCCUUUGGAGUUCUUAAAGUCCAGAUGAAUAUCGUUUGUUUAAAACAUUGUCACGUAGGUGAGUAAUUUGAUGUUUGUUUUAUAGAUUUUUUUUUUUUAUGGUUAUAGCCAUGUGAAGGAAAAAUCUCAGAUAACAGAAUAUAGUUUUAUUUUUGAUUCAAUGAGAUCAGCUCUUUGUAUAAAACUUUUCUAUUUCGUGAGGUCAAAAUAUGUUUCUCAUAAAAUCUGUUUAAUUCUCUUUCAAAUAUGCUUUU